AAAAAAAAAAAAAAGAAUCUGACACAUGUAUAAAUAGAUAUGAAAUGUAGAAUCUGACACAUAAUUAUUCUUAUAAACUAUCUUAUGAGUUUUUUUUUAGCAACACUAUCUUGUGAGUAACAUGUCUAAUACUCCAAGAAAUUACAUUUUUGAUUUUUCUAAUAAGGAAGGUGUGAACUGUAAAGUAAAGUAAGAAUCCAGACAGAAAGAACAAAGAAAUUACAUAUAAUAUGACCAGACUCAACUCCUCAAGCAUAUAAAAAAUCUCAACAGAGGAAGCAAAGCAUAAAAAGCAUCAUCGAAAGCCAACCACUCUCAACAAAAAGUUCUCUUUCUAAAUCCUAAACUCAAAAAAAAAACUAAAAAAACAUUUAAAAAAAACAAGAAGCGUAUGGAAGAAGAAGAUGGAGGCGCGUCUACGCCGUUCUGGCUCCAAUCCCGCCGCAAUAACACUUACUUCCGCCGUACCUCUAGUCUCGGCAACCGCGCAACCACCGUCGCAAUCCAAUCAUUCUUCGCCGGAGUAGCUGCAAUCCUCAUAGUCUUCUUCAUCGUCCCUCCUUUCUUCUCCUCUGUUUCUCAGUUUCUCCGACCACAUCUUGUCCGUAAAAGCUGGGACUAUCUCAACUUCGUCCUCGUACUCUUCGCCGUCAUCUGCGGCUUCCUCAGCCGCAACACCGGUAAUGACGAAAGCAAUCACAACAAGGAAGAAGUUACUAAUAACAAUGACGUCAUCAACGGAUACAGUUUCGACAAGUACUCGAGCUCGCCGUCGACCAUCGAUCGAGGUCGUAGUGUUGCAGCUACGCCGCGUUAUUGGAUCGAUGAUCGCGGCGGAGAUCAGUUUCCCGAUCAGACCGUGUACAAGAGGUUUAGUAGGUUACGUAGUGUUAGCUCGUAUCCAGAUCUGAGGAACAGAGAGUUUGAAACCGAUGAACGGUGGAGAUUUUACGACGAUACACGUGUCAGUGAGUGCCGUUACGAAGCAUCAGAUCCGAUCUAUCAGAAUCAAGAUCUAGCAGACGGCGGCGACGACGGAGGAGAGAAGCUCUGUACUGGUGGUUCCGGGACUGAGAAAGCUGAGGUCGUCGAGACGGUGGCGGCUGAAGUAGUGGAAGAGAUACCGGCGUCUUCUAAUCCGGCGCCUCCACCUUCUGCUCCGCCGUCACCUCCGCCGCCUCCACCAUCUAAGCCAGCGAGGAGGAGGACAAAGAGAGUGUACCAGGAUGUUGCUCCAAAGGAAGAGAAGGAGGAGAGAGCUGAUUUUGUGGCGGCGACGCCUCGGCCUCCGACGACUGUGUAUCAGAAGAGCAGUAAAGAAGAGAAGAAGAAAGGCGGAGCAACCAAGGACUUUCUGAUUGCGUUACGGAGAAAGAAGAAGAAGAAGCAGCGUCAACAGAGCAUCGAUGGUCUUGAUUUACUCUUCGGCUCCGAUUCUCAAUUUGACUAUUCAAUGCCACCACAUUCACCGCCGCAUCCUCCGCCGCCGCCGCCUCCACCACCUUUCUUCCAAGGACUCUUCUCGUCCAAAAAAGGUAAAAGCAAGAGAACUUACUCAAAUCCACCGCCUCCUCCGCCACCGCCACCUCACCGGAACUUCCAAUCACGCGCAUCAACGUCAAACAUUCGCAGAGCUCCGAUGGAAUCCAUUCCGCCAGCUGAAGUAACACGAUUCACCGGAAGCGAAUCGCCGUUAAUGCCGAUCCCUCCGCCGCCGCCUCCUCCGCCGUUCAAAAUGCCGGCGUGGAAGUUCGUGAAGCGUGGUGAUUACGUUAGGAUGGCUAGCAACAUCAGCAUAAGCUCAGACGAGCCUGACGAUGAUCAGGACGUAGCUCAGUCCGGUAAGAGCAAUGGGAGCAUGUUCUGUCCGAGUCCUGAUGUAGAUACCAAAGCGGAUGAUUUCAUCUCAAGAUUCAGAGCUGGACUCAAGCUGGAGAAGAUGAACUCUGUCAAAAGAGGGAGAUCCAAUUUAGGACCCGAACCCGGCCCCGGUGAAUCCGAAUCUUAAACGGGUUUUAAUAUCAUUAUAGGCCUAGCCCAAUCGUAUAAGACGUUGAUUUCUUUUUGGAUAUUGUUUCUUCUUUUAUUUCUUGAACGUUGGAUCCCUUUUUUGUGAGUAAAUUGUGUUGUUGAUUUUGUUUCUUACAUUUAUUUAACUUCGUAUACGUAGUUUUGUGGUGUAUACAAUAUGAGACCAUCACUA